GACUGCGAAGUCGGGAUUGAAAAAGAAAAUCAAAAUCAACGCGUCAAGUUCAGCAGAGUGCUCGGAAUCAGAAGUGGACCAGAAACACGAGAUCCCUACAGUCUGCGAUGAGCGCUUAUGGUUACCUAUCGGAAGCAGGUAGCAAUUAGCAAUCCUUAUACUUAGUAAAACUGUACAGCGGUAAGGUCACUGUUCCGGUGAUUAGGUACUACUCGAACUACGAGUCAGCUUGACGGCCUCCCAUAUCCUUAAGGGUUCGAGACGCCCUUCAGGAUCUCACGGAAUCAUGGCAAAUAAAAUGGUCGGGAAGGGUAAAUUGCCCGUUGAAUCAGAAGAUGCGCAGAAACUACGCUUUCAAGCAGAGCUUGAGUUUGUACAAUGUCUGGCGAAUCCCAACUACCUUCACUUUCUUGCGCAACGCGGAUUCUUCAAAGAUGGUAACUUCAUCAACUACCUAAAGUACCUACUGCACUGGAAGGAUCCGGAGAUGGCCAAAUACCUCAAGUAUCCGAUGUGUCUUUAUUUCUUGGAUUUGCUCCAGUACGAACACUUCCGGCGAGAGAUUGUCAACGCCCAGUGCUGCAAGUUCAUCGAUGACCAGGCGAUCCUCCUUUGGCAGCACUACACCCGAAGGCGCACGAGACUCACAUCGCUGGGAACGACAAGUCUUACGGGGUUAGCGGUGGGCGGUCAACCGGUCGGCGGCGGAGUCCAGGGCCCACUGCUUUCGAACGAACCGCUGCCCAUGGCCAACAAUAACAACAACACCAACAGCACCAAUGCCAACAAUCCUCAGGCGCCUGGCCAACAGCAGCAGCAGAACGGUGCCCCAAUGAUACAGCAGAAUGGUCUGUCGAAUAACACCGGGAUGUCAGGUGGAGUUAUGGGAUCCGGUGCAAGGGACGGGGGCGGUGUCAAUCUCAGUGGGCAAAAAGUGUCGUAAGUUUUAAACUUAUGGGUGAAAGUUCACGUUUCAAGCACUACAACUCUAAAAAAUAUAUGUUUUCUGCUGUAAAAAGACUGUUUUAUAACACUUAUAAUAAAAUGCUUAAGUAACCGGA